AUGUCUGUCCCCAAACUCGAGACCAUUGAAAUCACACUCUUCCCUAACGGUGUAGCUGAGAUUGCGCACAAUAGACCAAAGCGUUUUAAUGCGCUUUCUCCUCAAUCAUACAGAGAUUGGCUUACUGCCAUCAAAUGGGCAGCCAAUGAUGACAGUGUCAAAGUGGUUGUACUGACUGGACGUGGUAAAUUCUACACAUCAGGACAAGAAUUGGCGCUCCCUGAUCUGAGUGAUGGUGAUAUUGAGGAAGAAAUGGCUCGCAGAAGCCAGACAACAACUGAUGUUGUCUCUCAAAUGAUUGCAUUCCCCAAGCUCUUGAUUGCCGCUGUCAAUGGAACAAGUAUUGGUUUUGGUACGACGACUCUUGCUCUGUGUGAUGUUGUGUAUUCAGUCUCUGAGGCUAAUUUCAGUACGCCAUUCAUGAAGCUUGCUUUCUGUGCUGAAGGAUGUUCUUCCGUGUUGUUUCCAAGAAUUAUGGGUCCUUCCAAGGCGAAUGAGAUGCUGCUGAUGGGAAGAACAUUUACUGCCCAAGAAAUGGUAGAUUGUGGAUUCGUUAGUAGAAUUGUUCCCACUGAGGGAUUUCGUGAAACCAUUUUAGCAUUGGCGGGAGAAGCAAGCAAGUUUUCCACCGAAGCACUCAAGGUGACCAAAGAUUUGAUAAAGGGUAUUGAUCGAGACCUACUUGAGCAGGCAAAUCAAAGGGAAAUGAAGGCAUUGACCGAGCGUAUGGGCAGCAGCGAUUCAGUUGAGAGCAUUAUGCGAUUCUUGGAGGAGUCUGCUGCUAAGAAGGCUGCUAAGAAGGCAAAGCUGUAA